AUGAGUUUUGUCACCGGAUUAUAUAAUUCGUCAUGGAACAAUCUGUUAUAUGCUUGUAAGAUAAAAGUGUAUCCAAAUGGAAGACUUCUACAUUAUUCUUAUCCUGAAGGACAUACAUCAUACUGGUUCCAUAGACUACGGGUUUCUAUUAAUUUUACCUCUUGCAAUGAUUUUUUGACUAUUGGGUUUAUACCCGAAGAAAUCACUCAACCUACUUUACUUCCAUAUGAGUUAAAUUUAACCUGUACAUUUACAUUUCCGCAAAUCAUCGAUUCAAAGCAUCGUAUUGUGUCAUUGGUUUGGCAUACAGAGUCCGGUUCAAUUGAGGAUGUAAAAUCUAAACUAGAUGUUCAAAUGUCAGCAUAUAUGCGAUUCGAAGGAACUUUCAGUCUUACUGAUAAAAUGCGUCGAUGUGAAGUAGGCUCUGGAUUCUGGUGUGGAAAUCAAACUGCUGUUUGUGUUUACGGUCAAAUGCGCUGUGAUCAAGCAGAUGAUUGCUUUGAUGGGGGAACUGAUGAAAUUGGUUGUCCACCUGUUCGUAAUUAUACAUAUGUUCAACCGAGACGUCCUUUGAACAGUUGGUCAGUAUACUUACCGUGGACGGCAUUAGGAUUAAUCCCUUUAAUAUUAGUAUUUGCUUUGGGACUUAUCUGUGCACCUCGAAAAUCUCUAGAUGAACUUGAAGAUGAUGAUCUUAGUCAAGAAAAUGAAUGUUUAAAAACUAUUUUCUCACCAAUGACUUCUUCAUCAGCAGCUUCACCUACUUUAUCUGAAUCAAGUUCACCUAGAUCUAUUCAAUCUAUUGCUGCUUGUUCUACUGGAGAUAAAGUUAUUGUUUGUGCGUCAGAAUUAACCCGGUCAUUAUCUCAUCCAAGUCUAUCUGAUAUGGUACGCAAAACAUUUGUUACUAACGAAACUAACAAGCAAAAAUCUUGUCUUCUUAGCUCAAACAAUAAUACGGAACAAGAUCCUGAUUCUUUUUGUCUUCAACAAAAAAGUAAAAAAUAUUAUCCCGAAAGUUGUGAACUUCUUUUAAAUAAUGAUAAUAGUAUUAUUAAUCAUGAUAAGCGAAAUUUUAAAGAAGAUGGUUCAAGUUCCAAAUUUUUUAAUGAAGUUCUCAAACCAACUAAAUCUAGAGCUGUUACUUUUCAACUACCUGGAGCAUUUGAAGAAAAAUCAAUUAUGGAUUCAGACCAUGACAACAUAGAUUCAGAUUCAAAAAUACAAACAAAUAAAAGUCAUGAAGAAUCAAUGAAUCAACGAGAAGCACAACGAAAUUCCGGUAAUAUUUCACGUCAAUCAAAAUUCGUUGAACCUGAUAAUCGAGCCAUUCCAGCAUGUUUUGAAAUGGCUGCUUUAAAAGUUAGAGUGUCACGCAAUGAAUUUGGAAAUGUCACUAAUCACAAUGUUAAUCCUGAUUUUGUUGAUCAAGAAACUUGGAACUCAAAUGCUUUUACACUUAAACAGCCAUACAAAAACCAUCAUUCACACUCAAACUCUCAAUCACAAACCGAUAAUUCGAAAAAUAUUGUAAAAAAUACAAACAACAACGAUUUCAAUCAAUCUCAGUCAAGUUCAUCUGAAAGUGAUCGAGAAGAUGUUACACCUUUCAGACGAACAGAUAAUUUUAUUCUAACUAAUCAUUGGGAUAAAAAUAAUAAUCCAAAAUUAAAUGGUGUACAGAUUCAAAAUGAGAAUGAAGGAUACAAUACAAUAAAAAAGAAAAUGUUUAAUGAUCUACAAACAUAUGGAUUAUCAUUAUCAUCUCAAAAGCCUAAACAUAAAACCUCUUCAAUUAUUGUAACUGCAAAAAACCCAUUAACUUCAGGUGAACAACAACGACAUAGUAUUGCUGAUUAUGUAUUGCUUUAA